CCUUCCUGGUGCAGCAUGGCAUUUGGACCUGGUGUUCUCUGCCUGUUCCUAUGGACAAUAACAGGUUGCAGUUGUGAGCAGUGCAGAGAAGGAGCCACGUACUCAGGUGCAAUAAUUUCUCCCAACUUAGAAACCACUAAAAUCAUGCGAGUUCCUCAUGCUUUGUCAGUGUCUGACUGCAUCGCAGCAUGUUGUGACCUCUCUGGUUGUGACUUGUCCUGGAUGUUUGAACGGCGCUGUUACAUCGUGAACUGCCAGCACAAGGACAAUUGUGAACCUAAAAAAAUUGAAACUGUCAAGUCCUACCUUACCUUUGUGCUGAGGCCUUCUCAGAGGCCAGCCUCACUGCUAGGGUUUGGACAAGUGAUCCCAAGCAUGGUGCACUCUGGGGGACUCCAGAAUGAGCCGUCAGAGGAAGUGAGUAGCCUGAAGAAGCUGUCUCUGCUUGGAAAAGAUCCCAGCCUUGAGGAGAUACCUGAAUACAUUGAUGAUUAUAAAGAGUUGGAGCAGAACCCCUUUCAGGUGGGCAUCAAACACGAGCAGAAGGACAGUAUGGAUUAUGCUGACUGGGGCUUGAUAGUGGCAGGUGAAAAUGGCUUCAACACUUCCAUGGGUGAUGAUAGAGAUAACCAAGAAGAUUUUGCUGAAAAGAAAGGGGAGGCUGGAAAGGUGGAAAGCCUUCUGAAUAAAAACAACUCUGAACUGACUUCCGUCAAUGAACACUCUACAGAGGCGUCAUCCCUUCCGGAGAUUACAGCACUCCCUGGGAAGACAUUUGAAAGGGAAGCAGCUGUUCCACUCCUUGCACAACCAGAUGCUUUGCAAAAAGAGGCUGCUACACCUUCCUCUUCUUCAGAUAAACCAGAUUUCUCCCCAGGUGUGUCAGAGAAAACCCAGACUCCCACAGUGGCCCCAGAGAAUGCCACUGAAGGUGGGAUCAUGCUACUUCCCACUAAUACUGCACCAUCUGAGCCCAUGCAGAUGUUCACACCACCUGCUACUGCUGCUAAAGCAGUUAAAGAACUUACUGUGUCUGCUGGAGAUAACAUACAAGUGAUGUUACCCAAAAAUGAAGUCGAACUGAAUGCCUUUGCUGUCCCACCACCAUCUACAGAAACAGCCUACACUUACGAAUGGAGCUUAAUCAGUCACCCUGCUGACUACAGUGGGGUAAUGGAGCAGAGGCACAGCCAGACUUUGAAGCUCUCUCAUUUAUCAGUGGGACUUUAUGCCUUCAAAGUGACAGUUUCUGGUGAAAAUGCCAUUGGUGAAGGUUUUGUAAAUGUCACAGUCAAACCAGCAGUCAGAAUUAACCAGCCACCUGUUGCUGUUGCUUCACCCAAAGUGCAAGAAGUUUCCUUGCCUACAACUUCCACCUUCAUUGAUGGCAGUCAAAGUAUAGAUGAUGUGAAGAUAGUGAGUUAUCACUGGGAGGAAAUUAAAGGUCCCCUGCGAGAGCAGAAGGCAUCUGCUGACACACCUGUCUUGCACUUGUCUAACCUUGUUCCUGGAAACUACACCUUCAGACUCACAGUGAUUGAUUCAGAUGGAGCAGCCAACUCCACCAUUGCAUCUCUGACUGUCAACAAGCCAGUGGAUUAUCCACCUAUUGCUAAUGCAGGACCGAAUCAGGCAGUCACUUUGCCCCAGAACUUCAUCACACUGAAUGGAAACCAGAGCAGUGAUGACCAUGAAAUUGUCAGUUAUGAGUGGUCACUUAGUCCCAAAAGCAAAGGCAAGGUUGUAGCAAUGCAGGGAGUGCGGACACCGUACCUGCAGCUCUCCGCAAUGCAGGAAGGAGAUUACACGUUCCAGCUGACUGUGACAGACUCUGUGCGGCAGCGCUCCACGGCCGAGGUGACACUGAUCGUGCAGCCUGAAAAUAACAGUCCUCCAGUAGCAGUGUCUGGCCCUGACAAGGAAUUGACCUUCCCAGUAGAAAGUACUACACUGGAUGGAAGCAAAAGCCAAGAUGACCAAGGCAUUGUCUUCUAUCAUUGGGAAAAUAUCAGUGGGCCAAGCUCUGUACAGAUGGAAGACACUGACAAGGCAAUAGCAACUGUGACUGGUCUCCAGGUUGGUACCUAUCACUUCAGGCUGACUGUGAAAGACCAGCAGGGCUUGAGCAGUGCAUCUGUGCUCUCCAUUACUGUGAAGGAAGAAAACAACAGUCCACCCCGGGCACAUGCUGGUGGAAGGCAUGUUCUAGUGCUUCCAAACAACUCUGUUACCUUGGACGGCUCAGGGUCUGCUGAUGACCAGGGGAUUGUGUCAUAUUUGUGGAUUCGGGAUGGUCAAAGCCCAGCAGCUGGGGAUGUGAUCCAUGGCUCAGACCACGAGGCAGUACUGCAGCUAACUAAUCUCGUGGAAGGAACCUAUAUUUUCCACUUGAAAGUGACGGAUGCUAAGGGAGACUCAGAUGUUGAUUCAGCAACUGUUGAAGUGCGGCCUGAUCCCAAAAGGAGUGGUCUGGUGGAGCUGAUCCUGCAGGUUGGAGUGGGACAGCUAAGUGAGCAGCAGAAGGACACCCUGGUGAGACAGUUGGCUGUACUGCUGAAUGUUUUGGAUUCAGAUGUCAAAGUUCAGAAGAUACAAGCCUACUCAGAUAUAAGCACUGCAGUUGUGUUCUACGUGCAGAAUAGGCAUCCUUCCACGGUGAUCAAGGCGUCAGAUGUCUCACGGACUCUGCAUGUGCAGCUUUUGAAACAGAAGGCUGACUUCUUGCUUUUUAAAGUCCUGCGAGUUGACACGGCUGCCUGUCUUUUGAAAUGCUCUGGACAUGGGCACUGUGACCCCAUAACAAAGCGCUGCAUUUGCUACCAGCUGUGGAUGGAAAACUUGAUUCACCGUUAUCUAAAUGAUGGGGAGAGUAAUUGUGAGUGGAGUAUACUCUAUGUGACUGUAUCUGUUUUUAUUUUGAUUGUGGUCAUGGUAGGGCUUGCCUGGUUCUGUAUCUGCUGCUGUAAAAGCAGGAAGAGGACAAAGAUAAGAAAGAAAACAAAAUAUACCAUCCUAGAUAACAUAGAUGAACAGGAGAGAAUGGAGCUACGGCCCAAAUAUGGCAUAAAACACAGAAGCACAGAACACAACUCCAGUCUGAUGGUCUCUGAGUCAGAGUUUGACAGUGAUCAGGACACUAUCUUCAGCAGAGAAAAGAUUGAAAGAGAGAAUUCUAGAACACUUAUAAAUGGGUCCGUCAGAAAUGGAGUUUCCUUCAACUACAGCUCCAAAGACAGAUAACUAAAUGAGGGUAAAAGCACAGAACACACUGGUGCAACACAUCUGAAACAUGUUGGCCCACCUCUGUUUUUCCAGAACCAAAAUCUUCCUAAAAUAUCAACUAAUUUUAGAUUAAAGGGUAAAUUCUUAGCACAGGUAAAGGCAGAAGGAGGGAGAAAGGAUUGAUGGUCAGCUAACUCCUCUUGUCACCAUUAUAAGAACAAGAAAAAGCACAUCUUGUUUCUUGCAUGUUCUGUGCUGAAUGUUUGAACUUCAGAAGGCCUUUUUUUCUAUAUCACUACUACAAAACUAGCCAGGGCUGUUCUGCUACAAACUAUGGUAACUAACAAUGGCAUACAGAUUCAUAUGUGCUUCUAAUGCUCUCUUUGAGAAAUGGUGUGAUGUACAACAGCAAAAGCCAAUAUAGAUGAAGUUCCUUACAACUACAGAGAGCAAUAUGUGGCCACAGGCUCCAUCUUAACUUUCAGUUUAGGAUGGAAACACAAAGAGCAUUUUUAGUGCAUUGUCUUUAUCCAACUGUACUUUGGGACUUCCUUUUCUAGGGUAGUGUUCAUUGGGUGAAAACAUUCUUGUUUUCAGAGAAAGUUAACAACUAGAGCAGUUGCACUGGAUCACCUGUAAUGUAACAUGGUAUAUCUGUGUCCUGUAGGAUGCAACAUUCCCUGCAUUCACAUAGGAGGUGUGGUGUCUGCAGGGAAAUCCAGCCCUAGGUUGCUUCUGUAAUGAUCAAAUUGCUUCGGCUCUGCCAUGUCCAUCCAGGAAACUGUAGCAGGAAGGACUUGGUGUGAUGCACCUUGAGAAGCAUUUUGAGCAUCCCAAACAACCUUUUUAGAUCACUUUGAGGAGUUCUGGACCUUUUAAGACUGAAUGCUCAGCUGAGGUGAGUUUUCAUCUGUCAGCAUCAAGUGCUCAAUUAAAGGAUGUGCUGGGCACUUGUGCAGUGAAAUGUUUGUGGCAAAUACCCUGUGUGGAGCAGAGGGUUCAUUGUACUUUAAUUGUCGUUGGUAAUCGGUAUUGAGCAAUGUUUUAGCUUGAACAUGAGAUUGUUUGACUUUUUCCUUUCUAGCUAUUGAGUGACUGGAUGUAUUGGCCUAAAGAGAUCCUUUUAGGUCUUUGGCAAGGCUAGGUGUGUAUUGCAGUUCUGACAUUCUUGUUCACAGUCUGGGAAAUGUCUUCACAGUACUUGUUUGAAAUCAUGUCCCCAGUACUGCUUUUGAAAUCCCUAACUGAAGACCUGACUUUUAUACACAGGCCUCACUUGUGGGAGCAUCUGUGUCAGUGGUACUGUUUAGCCAUGAUGUCAGCUUUUCCUGGGGGUACUCUACUGAUGUACUGAAGUCUAGUGCUGAGAUGGAGGAAUGAUGUGUUUUAAUGGAGAAAAUGGUUUUGAAGAGGUGUUUUUUUUUAAUGUUUUGGGGGUUUGUUGUUUUGGGUUUUUUUUUAAAAUCCAGUGGUAGAGAACCCAUUAUCAGAGAAUGGAGCAGUAUAGAGAUCAAAGGGAGCAGUUUAGAAGGGUUGGGGAGGGGACAUAUCCCAUUUCCAUCAUGAGGAAUUAUGUAGUAGAGAAUUUUGGGGCUUUCUCCAUCCUUUCUUAAAAGUCUAAUACAACAGAGUAGCUGGGUUAAACACUGUGGCUUCUGUGCUUCUCUUGUUAAUGGACUUGGGCAACAGUCAAAUCUGUGUAGGCUGGAAGAAAUCAGUGGUCAAAAUUUGCAGCAACAUAGCAUGCUCAAUACUUGUUUCAUACUUCUGAUUCUCAAGUGCAGUCAGCAACAGUCCCUAAGGCUACUAGGGAGUAAUUCAGCACUGAGGAGUAUUUAUCCUGUGUCCAGCCCUGCAUUUCUCUGGAGAUCUUUACGUGGCUGCAGGAGUCAUUGUGGUGGGAAAGGCUGUGAAGAGCUAAAAGGGCUAAUACAAGUGUUGUCUAUGCUUUUCCCAUAAGCAGUGCAGUAUGAAUAGUAUGAUUUGCUUUCUUAAGAAACUAAGUUUCAGCUCUGUGUAUGGGGGGGUUUAGGCUAGUUUUUGAAACAAAUCUACUUUAUCACACUCUCCCUCUUUUUGAGAGUGUGCGUGUCUAUGUAUAUAUAUAUAUUUUUUUUUUAAAUAACUUGGUCAACAAAAGCAAGGUCAGCUUCUGAUGUCUUUCAGUUCCUGCUCCAGAUGUGCUAACAUAAUAAAAGCAUUUCUGAAAAAAACAGGCAUUCCUGUUUUUAGAGCAUUCCUGAAAAAACUUAAAGCCCACUCAAACCAGUAAUUUAUUUAUUUCCUUUGAAAUCCAAAUGUUUGUCUUAGUCCAUUAUGAACAACUACACAGAAUGUUCUAGCAGGAAUUAGUCUCCUGAAAACAUGCAUUUUUAAACAAGCAAAUAGGUUGCUUAAAUAAUUUCAAUUUUGUAUGUGCUGUGCUGCCAUUGAUGCUUCUGCUAAAUACUGUCUCCAGUGUGCCUUUAUCUAUAAGCUUACCUUCUAGGGCAUGUCAGUGCAGUCUGCAGCAUCUGUCAGUUUUGUGAAAUUAGUGACUUAUGUCUUUUGGGUUUAUUUUAUGUUUUUAAAGCCAGUGCUGAAACCUAGGAUGUUCUUCUUUGAAGGUAUUGAAAAACCUGUUUUUAAAAAACCCAAACAAACAUGCAAACCCCACCAAAAGGAAGAAUUGUUUCUCUAAUAAAACAACUCCAAGAAUCAUAAACCUGCAUUCCUUAAUGCUGCAGAAUUUUCAGGACUAUUCCUCUGCCCACAGAUGCACACUGGUGUUCCCAGAUCUUUGGAUCUCUGGUAAGUUCAUGGGCCAUGAGAACAUAUGCAUGAUUUGGCUAAGUGUUUCUCUCUCCAACAAAUAAGAAAUAUUAGACCAAUUUCUCAUUGUAUAAGGCCCUAGCAAGUGGAUGUUGCUUGGUAAAUUCAGUUCUCUGAUGAUACUUUAACACCUUUGUUGCUGUUAGCAACAAAGUAUUUUAGCUGUGUUUUCAAAGUUGAAUGUGGUUUAAAUUUUUCAGCUGCUUCUGAUUCUAGUUUGAUUAUUUCACCUGCUUGGAAAGAGAAGUUAUUCCUCUUACUAUAAGAGCAGACUUGCUUUUAAUAUAUGGCACUUGCACAAAAGCUGAAAACAAUAAUUUCUGGCUCUGUGAAUUUGUGGUAUCACAUUUGUGUCACUUGGCCAAGCAUGUUUGUGUCAGGAAUUUAGGUGGGACUAUAGCAAGCAUUGUAUCUUGAUUCAGUGUAAUUGUUACUUCUAGAACUACUUUCUUGCAGAAUGUCAAUUCAUACCUUGAAUGAAAGGGUCAGAAAAUUGGCUGUAAUGGUGCAAACACAAUGGCAGAAUUUGGAUGCUAACCCUUUGGUUCAGGUUAUUAUAAGUUCCAAGCAGGUUCUCAGUCCUCACGUUUACUUCUGCACACUGUUUUCCUUCACAUACAGAAAGAGUACUGGCAGCUGAUUUGUAAAAUUCCCAAAAGACUCAUCUGCACUGAGAAGCAGAGGAGACCAGAUACAGCUUGUCCUGUGUGGCUCAGAGUCUACUGAAAAUAAAGAAUAAUUCAGUUUGGCACUGCUAAGAUACUACCUCUUGUUGAAGGCAGGCAGUGUAGUGAUAUUUGCAGUGCCUCAUUGCCUUGAAGUGUAAGCACUGGAUUUUCAUUUGCAUCUUGAUUUUACACGCAUAAGGGAUUUCCAGCUAUGUAAAAGGACUGCCUUUGUUUGCAUUUUAAGGAAGGAGUGUAUUUUGGAAAAAAACUUCCUAAGUGUUAAACAGGUUCAGUAUCCAAUUGUAGUAUUCAAUGCAGUACAUACACAGCAUGAAACUGCCAUGGCUGCGAACAGGUAAUUGUCUUGUGGAUUCUAUUUUCCUAACUAGAAUCAUACUGCAGUACGGAAGAAAAUAUAUCUCAGCAAAUCUGUUGAGAUCCACAUCCAAAAUCUCUGUCCUGUGGUUCAACCUGUCAUAUUAAGUAAAAAAAAACCAAAGCAAAGUGUAAUAUGUCUAAUUACAGAUAAUUGUUUAUUUACAUAGACGAAAAAAGAUUAUUCUUGUUUGUGUGUAAGAAUAGAUUAUCAACUCUGUCCUUUUAGCAGACAGUCUUACUCUUCCUCUGUCAGCUGCAUCAGAUAAAAGUACUGUUCAAGCAUCUGUUUUGUGCUGUCAGCUGUUUGCUUAUAUGAUGUCAGUUUUCCUUUCCUUUGUCUCCU